CCCCCAUGUCUGUGGUAGCCAUCGUUAGCCACACAUGUGAGGGAAAUGUGUGCUGCAGAAAAAGCCCCCCCCCCUGCGCAAAACUUCCGCGUAUUUUGUUCCGCUUAAACAUGGCGUCCGCGGUUCUGAAGGUUGCUGCUUCCAGUCUAUCCAGAUGUGCUGCGCUCACUUUCCUGCGAGCACAUUCGACCACAGCAUCCCUACAUCAGAACACCCCAAAGUCGCUGUGGAACCUGGGCAAGCUCAACCAUAUCGCCAUUGCCGUGCCAGACAUGGACAAGGCCACCGCUUUGUAUCGGGAUGUCCUGGGGGCCACAGUAAGUGAACGGGUGCCUCUGCCCGAGCAUGGUGUCUACACCGUGUUUGUGGAGCUCGGCAACACCAAGCUGGAGCUUCUCCAUCCUCUCGGGGAGAAGAGCCCCAUUGCUGGAUUUUUACAGAAGAACAAGGCGGGUGGGAUGCACCAUAUUUGUAUCGAGGUUGACGACAUCAGUGCUGCAAUCAAAGACCUGAAAGCAAGGAACAUCCGAACUCUGUCAGCAGAGCCGCGAAUAGGAGCUCAUGGAAAACCGGUGAUGUUUCUUCAUCCCAAAGACUGUGACGGCGUGCUGGUAGAGUUGGAGGAGGCAUGAAGCAGAUGGAAGUACUUGCUUUUUUAAUAUAUUGUUUUGGCAGUUUUUCAUAGAGUUAUGGAUUAAGUCAUUUUUGUGUGCCAAUCAAGUCCGCCCUGGCCUAGAGUUAGGGAUGCCAGGCUCACAGUCUGGAGAUUUGAAUCUAAGCCUUUGUGGUGAAUACCUACUAACCACGAGAGCAGUGCUUUUUAAUAAUUUUUUGUCAUGCUCGCCGCCCUAGGGGACAUCAUUUUCUUCACGCCCCCCUUAAAUUUAAAUAAAAUUCAGAACCUGUAUCAGUUGCUGGCACCAGCACCGACAUGCCACCCAGCUGAAGACAUGUCUGACACCUUCUCAUGCCUGCCCCACUAUAUAAGAAGUACUGGUCUAUUGAUUUUAACUAUUUAAAGGAUGUGUGUAUUUUAUGUAUGCAAGCCAAGGGCCGGAUCAGGUCCGCGAACAGGUUUUAUCCGGCCCGCGGGAUGAGUUUGCUAAGUAUAAAAAUGAACCUGAAAUUUUUUGAUGAAAGAAACAGCUGUUCUAAAUGUGUUCACUGGAUGUCGCAAUAGCAAUUCUUUGUAUCUUUGUAGAUGAUGCUACAUAUGUGCAAAAUAAACCACAUGUUAGUACAUCAGUUGAGAAAAAAGAUUCAACUACAUAAAUAACAUCCUGUAAUUUGAUUUUGAUUUUUUUUUUUAUCUUGAUUGAAAAUUUACACCAAUGAGUUGACUGAUGAAUAUUAUCACAUAAUUUAUUCAGAAAAUAUGAAUAAUGACAAAAAAGAUGAAAUACUAUUAACCGCAACAUGUAAGUGUAAAAAACACAACAACAUUAUGAUUUGUACAUUUUCAGAAUGUCCUUGUUUUAUUUUUAAACAAAGAAAACAAUCUGAAGUUGUCUUUAUUUUUAAGUUAUCGUGCUGUUAUUUUACCAGUCCGGCUCACUUGGGAGUAGAUUUUUCUCCAUGUGGCCUCCGAUCUAAAAUGAGUUUGACACCCCUGUUUUAGCGCAACCAAUAUACUUGGUCAUAUUUCCUGUUUGAGCUUGUUAAAUAACUUGAGCAGUGCUGCCAUCCAGCUGGAGGCUUUUGUAUCGUUCAAAAAAGAAGAAAAAGACAGCAAUACUGGAAGUCACUUAGGUCUCAAGUGUUUAUAAGUGGUUUAUUUGGAAGUUCCCAUGUUGCUUGAAAGGUAAUUUCCCUCAUAAAAUUUGAUUCUUACAGACAAUAUCUCUAAAACUUGCUACCCAAGACUGUACAGUUAUUGGAUGAAUUAAGUAAAGAAGUCAAACAAUGUGAUCUAGUAUAAGAAAGUGUUUCAACCCACAAAGAAAAAAGAAGAAUCCUGAUAAACAUCUUGACCUUUGUUGAUAAAUGAGAUAUUGUAUAUCAUAUAGUAAAUGUUUCAAAAAUGUU